CGCUGACGUCCCCAAAGCCCCGCCCCCUCCCGGAAGCCCCGCCGCCUUGGUAGUCUGCGCUGCGCUGGGAAGCGAGCUGAGGAGCGCCAAGACCAAGAAGGUGCAUAGGUUUAAGCUUUGAAGCAAAGGUUUGCUGAAACAGGUUGAAGCGAUAUUCUUUUUUGUGGUGACGUGACGCAUCUCUGGUCUUUCCAUAUUGCAUCUGCUACUGGUGACAGGCUUUCUGUUACUUUGUUAACUAAGAACGCUUGACAUAAUGGAAGAAAAGAACAAUGGGGUGUGUGUGUCUGAUGCGCAAAGAAUGGUUUCUCUGGCGGAAACGGAAACUGUGUCUGCAAAGGAAGCUAAGGAAGAUGUGAGAGAAAGUAAGAAUACAGCUAAUACUUCAGAUUCUUCCAGCAUGUACAGGUAUAUUAAAGAUGACUUAUUUACUUCCGAAAUUUAUAAGGUAGAAAUUCGGAACCUCCCCAAAUAUAUUGGUUUCAAUGAAGUGAAGAAGUUCCUUGCUAAAUAUGGUCUUAACCCUCACAAGAUAAAGUUGCUGGGGAAACAGACAUUUGCUUUCGUCACCUUUAAGAGCGAGGAGGAAAGGGACAAAGCUGUGAAGGUCCUUCAUGGAGUCCAGUGGAAGAACCAAAACCUCAGCAUCAGAUUAGCCAAGCCGAAGGCUGAUCCCAUCGUGAAGAAGAGGAAAAGAGAGGAGGAGGGAGAGGAGACCAAAGAGCAGGCGGCAGCCAAAUGUCCAGGGUUAUCCAAGGAUGGCAAAAAUCAGCCUCUCGCUAAGCAAAUAGCGGAUGUGGUGACCCCUUUAUGGACUACGCCAUACGAGGAGCAGCUCGCGAAGAAGCAGCAAGAAUGUGAACAAGUGCUGCUGAAACUGACAAGGGAGAUAGGGAACAACAACAGAACUCUGCUACCAUGGUUGUUCAUGCAGAAAGAGAAGUACAGUGGCCUCUGUUGCCCCUUGGAAGGGGUGAAAUCAUCUCCAUUACAGACUGAAUAUCGCAACAAAUGUGAAUUUUUGAUUGGCAUAGGCCCAAAUCAAGAAGAUAAAACAGUUGGCUUUCGUCUUGGCAAGUACAAGGGUGGAACAUGUGCUGUAGUGGAACCUUUUGAUACCAUUCACAUUCCUGCUGUUGUGAAAACGGUAGUGAAGGCUUUUCAAGAGUACAUAAGGUCUACACCUUAUGGUGUUUACAGCCCUGAAACCUAUGAAGGCCACUGGAAACAGCUGACAGUCCGCAUCAGUAGGAAUCACCACAUCAUGGCAAUUGCUUAUUUUAAUCCACAGAAAUUAAGUAAAGAGGAACUUAAUGAACUGCAAACCUCUUUGGCAAAGUACUUUACAGAAGGCACUGGAAAAGACAGUGGAAUAACAUCCCUGUAUUUUGUUGAAGAAGGUCAAAAAAAAUCACCCAAUCGUGAAGAUUUAACAUUGGAGCAUGUUGCUGGUGACAAGUACAUCUAUGAAGAUCUGCUUGGGCUGAAGUUCCGGAUUUCUCCCCAUGCCUUUUUCCAAGUAAACACUCAGGCAGCGGAGGUUUUAUACUCAGCCAUUCAGGACUGGGCCCAAGUAAACCAGGAGACUAAGGUGCUGGAUGUUUGCUGUGGAACUGGAACAAUUGGAAUUUCACUUGCCAAGAAAGUGAAGAAAGUUAUUGGAAUUGAACUUUGUCAAGAAGCUGUUGAAGAUGCCAAAGUGAAUGCUCAACUUAAUGAGCUGAAUAAUGUUGAAUUCUAUUGUGGAAAAGCUGAAGACCUUGUUCCUCACCUAGUUAACUCCUUAGCACUGCAAAAUUCGAUUACGGUUGUGGAUCCUCCCCGUGCAGGACUACAUUCCAAAGUCAUUCUUGCAAUCCGAAAAGCUGAGCACUUAAAGAAGCUCAUUUAUGUGUCUUGCAAUCCUCGCGCAGCCAUGAACAACUUUAUUGACCUUUGCAGAGCUCCAUCCAAUCGUGUCAAAGGAAGCCCCUUCCGUCCUAUGAGAGCAAUGGCAGUGGACCUUUUCCCUCACACUAUGCAUUAUGAGCUGCUGUUGUUCUUUGAAAGAAUAGACCACCAGAGUGCAACUGAUGUUACAACUGUGCAGUUGGAAGCAACAGGUUUGAUGGAAGAGGACUUGCCAAAAGCGAACACAGCGGUGGAACAUUCCAGCUAGUCAUAGUUGGGUCUAGCUAGUCACUUCCCAUAAACCAUCAAUUUUUCAGGUUUUAAUUUUAAAGCAUUCUUUGCCGUUGCUGCGGCUUUCCCUUUCUGAGAAUGUCAGAACAACUGGUUGGUUCCUGGGACUUCAGAAUAUAAACUGCAAGGAACGUGGCAAAAGUCUAAAGUUGGAAGAACUGUUUUAUGCAAAACUGCUAAGCCAUGGAUUAAGCAUGAAAUACCAAGCAAGGGUCACUGUAGAAGCGUGUACUUCGGAGCAACACAACAGAUAAUAAAUGAACCCUACUGAAUGGG